AUGUCCAAGUUGUUUAUUGGCGGCCUCGCAUGGCACACCGAGGAGGCCACUCUGAGGCAAAAGUUUGAGGAGUUUGGCGUGGUGGAAGAAGCAGUUGUUGUCAAAGAUCGCGACACUGGCCGUAGUAGAGGCUUCGGUUUCGUGAGAUACACCAACCCAGACGACGCCCAGAAAGCCAUUUCUGCGAUGAAAAACAUCGAAUUCGACGGCCGUCAGAUCCGUGUUGACAAGGCCUCGGACACUGGUCCCAGAGGCGGCGGACGAGGAGGUCCUCCUGGCUUCGGCCGUGGUGGAUACGGAGCCGUCCAGAUGGGAGGUUCUCCGAUGCCCAUGGCAUACGGCGCCCCGCAACCGUACGGAAUGCCACCCAACGUCUACGCCCAGCCUUAUGGACGCGGAUACUCCCAGGCCGUCCCGGCAGGCUACGCUGCCCCUCCCCAAACCUGGCAACAGCCAUACGGAUACCCUGAUCCCUCCCAGCAAGGCCAGCCGCACCAGCAGCAGCAGCCUAACCCAGGUCAAGGAUACUAG